GAGCUGGCUUUGGGCUAAUUUAUCUUCCUUCAAUCGUUACUGUUGGUUACUAUUUUGAGAAGAAACGUUCAAUUGCAACUGGCAUUGCUGUUGCUGGUUCGGGUGUUGGGACGUUUGUGCUUCCACCGUUAUGCAUAGUUCUCAUCAAUCGUAUGUUUAAAUGA